GUUUGGCCGGCUGCUUCCUGUUUGCGUCCAGCUGGAGUCAGACCUCUUCCUCAUCACAGACGCUUUAUUCCUGUUUUCAGUCUAACGUCAAUGAAUGAACCACCUCUGGACUCCAACGGCAGAAGAUCUGUAGCCUGGAAACUUGAGUUUGUAAAAGGCACAAAAUGUUGGAGAGUGAUGAUGGGUUAGUUUGAAGUCUACAGUUUGAGAUAAAGGAAGUCAAGGCCACACUGUCCUCUGUGUGGGAGAGGGACUCCUCCUCUGCCAGUAGAUUUCCAUUCAUACAGAGCUGGAGUGUCGUCUCUCUGCCGGCGUUGGCCCGUGUUUCCUGGGAUCAGCGGCGACACACGAACCGGUGAAACGACCGUCAGCGGACAGGUUGCACUGCAGUGAUGUCAUCACUCCUCCUCUUCCUCCUCCCUUUUAUCAUCAUCAUCCCCACAUUAACGCUGGACUUUCAUUACCACAGUAACCGUGAGAUUGAGCAGUACCUCCUCCAGCUCAAUGCCUCCAACCCCAGCAUCACGUACCUGUACAGCAUCGGCCAGUCUGUCAGAGGUCAGCAGCUGUGGGUGUUGGCUCUGGGUCUCAGUCCCCAUCGUCACACCAUCGGCAUCCCCGAGUUCAAAUAUGUGGCUAACAUGCAUGGAAACGAGGUCCUCGGCCGGGUGCUGCUGCUCCAGCUGAUCGAUGACCUGGUGCGUGGUUAUCGUAACAAUGAAACAUGGUCGUUGCAGUUGCUGAAGAGCACCCGCAUCCACAUCCUCCCCACGAUGAACCCAGACGGCUUCGAUGAAGCAGACACAGACUGCCAGUACACUCAGGGCAGGUACAACUAUAAUGGUAUUGAUCUGAACAGGAACUUCCCCGAUGCUUUUGCUGGUCCCCAAAGGCCACAGCAGUUUACUGAGGAGAACAGGGAGGCAGAGGUGAGGGCUGUGAUUGGCUGGUUGAGGACUGAGAGUUUUGUUCUCUCUGCUAACCUUCAUGGAGGAGCUCUGGUGGCCAGUUAUCCUUACGACAACAGCAACGGAGGCAGCGAGCUGGUGGCUGGGGCCAGCGUUGCCCCUGACAAUGACGUGUUUGUUCACCUGGCCAAGAUGUACUCCAACAACCACGCCACCAUGUCCCAGGGUAAAUCCUGCCUCGACAACACACUGUUCCAGGAUGGCAUCACCAACGGAUACCAGUGGUACCCUCUCAUAGGUGGGAUGCAGGACUAUAACUAUGUGUGGGCCCAGUGUCUGGAGUUGACUCUGGAGGUGUCCUGCUGCAAGUUUCCUCCAGAAGGAGACCUUCCUGCUCUGUGGAAGGAAAACAGGAAGGCACUGCUAGCCUUCAUCCAGCAAGUCCACCUGGGGGUCAAAGGUCGGGUUUUCGAUGGUUUUGCUGUGCCGGUGCACAAUGCAGUGGUAGAGGUCAAAGGUCGAAUGAAUAUGAGUCCAUUCAGAACCAACCAACAUGGAGAAUACUACAGACUGCUGCUACCUGGAACCUACAGCUUCACAGUGACAUACCCGGGUCAUGAAGUUUUGACAGAGACACUUAACGUGCCAUACGGUCCUGAUAAGUACUCAGCGAUGACACACGACUUCCUGUUACGACGCCUCAGAACAACAGGCCGCACCCCAGUAAACCCCAUUCUAUCUAUCAGUGACUACGCAUUAGACCUGGAGCGAGGUGGAGCCAUCACCAGGUCCAGAUGGACAGGUCUAGUGGUGGGGCUCAGCCUGACAGCAGCACUGUGGUCCCUGAUCGACUGAAGCAGCCUGGUGCUCAUGUGACGGCCUCACCUGCUGCAGUGUCUCUGAGCAACACUGAACCCUCAACCUGCAAGAAACAAUAGAAAAAAAUAUGUGGUCCACCAGAGGUUUCUGAGGAUAUAUUUUGAAGCCUGGAGCUGGAGUCUACAUCUCUUUACCAGCUUUGCCAACACUAAAGUCUUCUAAUUUCAGUUCAAAAGGGUGAAUCAGGGUGGAGGGUAAAACCCCUGGUCACAUGACAAAGUGGCACACAAAUGUUAACAUAAUAUGUGGCCUGCUAGCUUAGUAACGUGAUAACAGGGUUUUGGCUUGUCCCAGCAAGAACAGCAUGGGUGUAAAUAAUGAAAUAAUUCUAAAAUCUAUUUAUCUGCUUCAAUUUCAGGGUUUAUUUAGUUUGUAAGGGACUGUGAACAAUAUUAAAUAAAACAUUUACUGCAUCAGAGUUAGCUCAUUUUCAUCUGCAAUCCCUUGUUAAAACAUUGUGACCACCACUAAAACACAUGAUAAAAAGUUUAUGUUGCUGUUAUCAGCUGUGCUGUUGCUACUGUGACAAAACGAAACCUUGGCUGCUGCAGAGCUACUGUACCUGGUUGGCUUACAGCUAACACGCUAGCAGCCUGGAACAUCACCAGUGCUCUUUAGUCACAAUGGCUAAGCUAGCUAGCCAGCUCACAUAUCAGAACAAAUUUGUUGUGCUAGACAAUAUGUUCACAUUAUUUGUACCUGCAGGGCUAAUUGGUAAACUGGUAGAACUAGAGAGCCCUAUGGUAGCCAAUCAGCAACAUGCUAGUAGUAGUCAGUCACAGUAGCCAAGCUAGCCAUGGAGUUCAUUCUCCACCACAUGAGGUUAUAUAACAUAUGAUAGUGCAAAACAACUAAUAGGCUACCGAUGCUUCCUCCAUUUUGGACUCGCAAAUCAGCACUGUCCACACACUUUGGUCAGAGGCUGAAAUGUCCAGGGUUCAGCAAAAUUGAAGUAGAUGCAAAAAAUUUGUACAGCUACUUUACCCCUGUGAGUGAAUAAUUUAUUUUGCUGCAGUUUGAAUGUUGCUGUGAAGCAGCCUUAUAGCAGUUCUCUUUAAGCCUUAUUACCUUAAUAAUGGAGAAAUGAUUUUGAAGACCUCCUAAGAAGUGAAACAAACUACAGAAGAGCUGAAUAGUUGUGAAAAAAUGUAUUGAUGUAGUAUUUAUAAAGAGAAGGGGUUUUUUCUAUUUCCAACCCACACUAGGGUCUCUAAGACAAAACUCCAUUCAGAAAUGUAGAAUUUAAGGGCAAAGACAGAAAUAAACCUCAGGAGGGUUACAGCAAAAGGUUGUAACAAUAAUAGAAACACAAAGUGCAGCUACACUGCCACAAAUUCUGCAGUCUCUCAGGAACAGAAAGGUUUUAAAUCUGGAUUUGGCUUCUUGAAAAGGCAGCUGAGAGUUUGUUGUAUUAAAGGGGGUAAAGGGGUCACAGAAGGAGAAGGUUCCACUCCCUGAGGAGAUUUGAGACAGUCAAGAAGACAUCUUCCCUGUUGAGAUGUCAAAGCAUGUGAAGGACUAGGUAGUGCUAAGGUUCAUUAAGUGUGGUGGAGCCAAACUAUGUGAGGAGAAGGAGGAGGAGCACUUUAAAAUUUGUGCUUACAGACUGUUUUUAGGAAGGGUAGAGAAAAUGACACAACAGGUGUUGAAUGUGGAAAUAUCAAAGACACCUGCUGCGAAAUGAAACGACCCAUGUGACACAUGACUCUAUACUGAGGUCUGGUUGAGGACACGAGGAGUCAUCAGACAUGUUCUUACAGGCAUCCAUCCCUGUAUCUCACUCCAUUCGCUCCUACGAGACAGUUUAGUCCAGUGGCCCCCAGCCUAGGCCUUGAGACGCCUCAAUGGGGUGGCAGAAUAAACCUGAGGGGACACAGGAUUAUUAACAGGACAAGAAAUAAUUAUUAGUAAUAUUCUAAAAUACUGGAUAGUUUUACAUCUUCAGGCCUUGAAAAACAAAAUAUUGCCAACAAAGGAUACGAAAAUGCAGCUUAUGUUGGAGUGUCUCUAAAUCUACUGUAGCUUCUUUUACUACACAACAACAACAAUAACAGCAGAGGACAUCCUGCUCCAACACCCUGUGCAGCAUCAAAAAAUAUUUACAUACACAACAUAUGUAUACUCCCACCAUAACAAACAUGAAUAAAACAAAAAUUAGUAACAGUAAAAAAAAAGAAAGUAGUUAUACAUCUUGAAAAACUGUUACUGAAAUUAAAAUUUGUGAAAAGAUGUUUGUGUGGAAGUGAAUGUACAGAGAAGGAAGGAAGAGAAGAGAAAAUAUUAAAAUAAAAUUAACUAUAAAAAGUAAAUGGAAAAAUGGAACAAAUAAUUAGUGAGAUAAAAUAAGUCAGAGACAUCACCUGGUGGCAGAAGCUGUGUAGCACAUCCACAAACUUCAGGACUACAAAUAACACCAAACUGUGAAGCCUGCAUCUCAAACUUAAAAUUUGGAUUAUAACUAUUAACCUGAAUGUAAAGGAAAGAAAAUAAAAUGACAGAUAAACGUGAGUUAAUUUCAGUUACACUAAGAAAUAACUGGUACAACUUGUACCCGUUACAAAGAACAAAAGGUUGGGAGCCACUGGUUUAAAUGAAAAACAAGGGUAACCUAAUUACUAGGAAUCACACUGUACACCUCAGCUCAUACAGCAUCUGUACACAGUAUUUAUUUAUACACAGCAUAUACACUGAUAUGUAUCAAGUUCAGAGCAGCUCCGAUAACAAAACAGGUCUAAGUCCUGUUUUAGCACAGGGUCAGAUGUCAGUGAACCCCUGACUCAUCCUACUCGGCAUCAAUGUGCAGCUCAUUUCAGUCAUCUUCAGGACAGAAACUCAGCAGCCUUCUGCACAUUUCCCCUCAUUCAUAUGUUAUUUUUGCCAAAUAUCAGGCUUUUAUACUUUUCUACUGUUUGAUAUUGAAUAGUUCUGUAAAAAAGAUCUUCUGUGCCAUGUUGUAAGUGUAGUGACUGCAGGCUUCGGUCACACCUGAAACAUUAGACCUCGGUAUAGCCUUUGCAUUUCUUCUGUUUCAUGUUUCAUUACACUAUAAAACACCACAGUGGAUCCUCUUACUGAAUCUUGCUUUGGCUUUGACCUGAAGUAAACUGUCACUGCUCAGCACGUUUGGGCCUUGAAG